AUGACCGGCCCUAUGCUCGAUAUGCACGACUCUGCGGAUAUCGCCGCGGAGUCUAAUUUACAGUCACGGUUGGUUAUGGCUUCUAAUGCUCGUGAUGUGAGCGAUGAGACUAACACGGGAGCCUCUCUUGCCUCGCCGAAAACAGAACAGGACCAAGCAGAUUUCCAUGAAAAUAGGAGUCUACCUCCCUCGGACGACGAUGACGAUGACGGUCGCGUGGCCUCCGAAGACGAAGUGCUCGAACUCCUUCAUGUUGUUGACAACAUUCCGGCUCGGCUUUGGAUAGCAUGUAUCGCGGGUAUUUUGGAGCGCUUUGUCUGGUAUGGAGCGACCGCUCCUCUACAGAAUUACCUCCAAAACCCAUCAGGUGGUGAGGUUCCGGGAGCACUAGGACUUCAUCAAGCCACUGCAUCUAACAUCGUCAAUGCACUGAUAAUCGGGUCGUAUAUCACGCCCGUACCUGCUGCCGUUGUCGCCGAUAGCUGGCUGGGUCGUUAUAAAACCAUGCUAUAUUGUGCUAUUAUCGAGGCCAUUGGGGCAACUAUUCUUUUUGCGACAUCCCUGCCCGUCGCCCUUGAUAAAGGGGCUGCUUUACCCGGAAUGAUAGUUGCUUGUGUACUGCUGGCUAUUGGAUCUGGGGGAUUCAAAACUACUGUGGUCCCGUUUAUUGCCGACCAAUACGACGAGACCGAGUUUCGAAUCAAAACUGAGAAAAGCGGAAAGAAGGUUGUCACUAGCCGAGAGUUGACUAUUACCUAUAUCUACAAUGCCUUCUACUGGGCUAUAAACGUUGUGGGCUUUCUAGCCGAUUCAACGCCAUUGUUGGAACGGUAUGUUAGCUUUUGGCUCGCUUAUUUAAUUCCGUGCUGCGCCAUGUGGGCAGCUCUUAUACCGAUUCUCUUCGGUCGCACGUUCUUUGUCCGAGCUUCACCAACAGAGAACAUCAUGCCCCAGGUAUGCGACGCGCUUCGACAUGGGGUCACCGGUCGUUUCAAAAUGGAUGCCGCAAAGCCGGAUGCGCAGCUUCACCAACACGGCCGCCAGGUUCCCUGGACAGACUCGUUUGUCGAAGAUAUCAAAAGAAGUCUUCUAACAUGCCGAGUAUUGCUUCUGUUCCCUAUUCACUGGCUCUGCUAUAACCAGACAUUCAACAACUUGAUCUCCCAAGCAGGUCAAAUGGUUACAUACGGUAUUCCAAACGACAUGAUGAAGAUUGCCGGUGCGAUUUCAGGAAUAAUUGUUGCUCCAAUCAUUCAAAAAGGACUCUAUCCCUUCCUUACAAAAAGAGGAGUCUCAUUCGGGCCUAUCGCACGAAUGUCAGUCGGCUUUCUCCUGCUGACCCUGUCUAUGGCCUAUACCACCGUUGUUCAAACGCUCAUCUACCAGACUGGCCCAUGCUUUGAUUCACCACUUAAAUGUGUCGCCGCCGACAAUUCUACAAUCCCCAACCAAAUUUCGGUCUUUCUCCAGAUUCCGAUUUACUUUGGUGGAGCAUUGGCUGAGGUCUUUUGUCUGACCACGGGAACUGAGUAUGCUUAUAACCAGGCACCAGAAAGCAUGAAGACAUUGGUCCAAGCGAUCUGGCUUGCUAUGGCUGGGAUUGGAGCAUGUAUUGCCCUGGCCUUCACCCCACUGACCAGGGAUCCGCACUUGGUCACGAUGUAUGCCAUCCUGACUGGACUGCUGGGUGGAGCGACCGUUCUGCUCUGGGUUCUUUUCCGACAGUUAGACAAGUCGAAGGUCAAGGAGGAUGUGGAAUAG